AUGCCUCUCGACACCAGCACAUACUCGCUCGCGCUCCUGCGCCUCGAUGGCCGCCGCUGGAACGAGCUGCGCCGCAUCCACGCGCAGAUAUCGACGCAAGCCGCGGCGGACGGAUCCUCGUAUCUCGAAAUGGGCAACACCAAGAUUCUAGUCUCGGUCACGGGGCCCGCCGAAGGCAAGCAGAGCGGGCAGCGUGGCGGCAGCGACAAGCUGGCCAAGGUGGAAGUGGAGAUUAAUUUUGCGGGCUUCAGCGGCGUGGACAGGCGGAAGCGGAAGAGCGACAAGAGGACGAGCGAGAUGGAGCAUUGUCUGCGGUCGGCGUUUGAAGGCGUCUUGCUGCUGCAUUUGUACCCGCAUUCGACUAUUACGCUCAAUAUUCACAUCAUCUCGCAGGAUGGAUCGCUGCUGGCGGCGUGCUUGAAUGCGUCUACACUGGCGCUGAUCGAUGCGGGAAUACCCAUGACGGACUACCUUGUCGCAUGCACGGCUGCGUCUUCUGCGUCUGCGUCGGCCGCUGACAAUGCGUCUGCAGACGAUCCGCUACUGGAUCUGAAUAACCAGGAAGAAUUGGAGUUGCCGUUUUUGACUGUGGCGACAUUGGGGGAGAGCGAUGCUGUGGCUGUGUGUGUAAUGGAGAGCAGGGUGAGGAUGGAGCGGUUAGAGGGAAUGCUGGCGGUGGGUAUUGAAGGCUGCAAGAGGAUGCGUGGUAUACUGGAUGGAGUGGUAAAGGGUUAUGGAAAGCGAUUUGGAUGAGAGGGGUAUGUGAUAUCAUUACGACUCAACACGCAUCAGGUGCCGCAGGCCACACUGUGCACUCAGGAUGGAACGCUGGCGGGAGACUGCAGCGGCCAUGAACCAUACAACCACAGCGGUCGGUGCAGGGGGAGGAUAGGCUGUGCCUGGGUUCUCACACGAUUGCUCGACGAUAGAGUGUCAAGGAAUGAGGCUGAGUCAGGCUAGGAAGAA